GGGGAGGUGAAGUGAAGCGAGCACGGGCACUGGCGAACAAUUUGGCCCCGGCCCGCCGGGAGAGCGACUUCCGUGGUUAGCAGCGCCUCCACGUCGCGCGUUUGCGUCGAAUACCCGCCCACCCAGCACGGCCCGCGCCGAGCUCAAAUCCGCAGCCGGGCGGGGGAAAGCUUGGCUGAGAAUCGCUUUGUGCUCAGCAGCCACAACGAACUGCAGAGUGUGAGCGAACGAGUGAGCGUGCGAUGGAGGGAGACGACAAGUCGGUGGGAGGGACCUACUGGGGCCUGGGCGCGCGGCCCUGCGACGCGUGCGGGGCCGAGGCGGCGCGGCUCUACUGCCGCGCGGACGCCGCGUUCCUCUGUGCCGGCUGCGACGCGCGCGCGCACGGUGCCGGGUCGCGGCACGCGCGCGUGUGGCUCUGCGAGGUCUGCGAGCACGCGCCAGCCGCCGUCACCUGCAAGGCCGACGCCGCAGCGCUCUGCCCCGCCUGCGAUGCGGACAUCCACUCGGCCAACCCGCUCGCGCGGCGCCACGAGCGGCUGCCCGUGGCGCCCUUCUUCGGCGCGCUGACCGACGCGCCCAAGCCCUUCGCCUCGUCGACGGCCGUGGCAAAAGUGGGGACCCACGGCGCGGCCGACAACGACGACGGGAGCAACGAGGCCGAGGCGGCGUCGUGGCUCCUCCCCGAGCCCGACCACGGGCAGCAAGACGGAGUUGCGGGUUCCGCCGACGUGUUCUUCGCGGACUCCGAUCCUUACCUCGACCUCGACUUCGCGCGCUCCAUGGACGACAUCAAGGCCAUUGGCGUCCAGAACGUUCCGCCCGAGCUCGACCUCACCGGCGCCAAGCUCUUCUACUCCGACCACUCCAUGAACCACAGCGUGUCAUCGUCAGAGGCGGCAGUGGUGCCUGACGCGGCGGGCGGCGUGGCGGCCGUGCCGGUGGUGAGCAGGGGGAGGGAGCGGGAGGCGCGGCUGAUGCGGUACAGGGAGAAGCGAAAGAGCCGGCGGUUCGAGAAGACCAUCCGGUACGCGUCCCGCAAGGCGUACGCGGAGACGCGGCCGCGCAUCAAGGGCCGGUUCGCCAAGCGCACCGGCGCGGCCGAGGCCGAGGCGGAGGGGGAAGACGAGGAGAUAUACUCCUCGGCCGCGGCCGCCGUGGCCGCGCUCAUGGCGCCCGGCGCCGACGCCGACUACAGCGUCGAUGGCGUCGUGCCCACGUUCUGAUCGAUCGAUCGGUGCAACCGCAACACGCCGACAUGUACACUAGCUAGCCUCCUAUUUGGGCUGUAUUUUUGCUGCAUGCUUGCGCGCGCGCAUGCAUGCAGAUUAAAGCUUCGUGUAGCAUUAAUUACGUGUAUGAUUAAUUCCUCGGAAGCGAUCAGGACUUCCAUGCUCUCUCCCCUCCCCUCUCUAAUCCCUACAUGUAUAUUAUCACUGCGAACUGCUGCUGAUCUGCAACUGUAUUUUUUGCUAAUUAAUCAGAUUGCUGCAUUACUAA